CCCGCUGUCGCCGCCGCCCGAGCGCCCUCCCGCCCGCCGCCCGCGGUGGUGGUGGCGGCGCAGGCUGAGGAGAUGCGGCUCGGAGCGCCCGCGCGGGGCUAGAGCGCCCGCCGCCGCCGCCGCCGCGGUCGUGUCCUGAGAGCCUGCGGGGACUGGCUCUCCUUUGGAUGACUUGGCCCACAACGUGGUCGGCGGGACUCGAGUUUCCGUGGCUGUGGCCCAGCCUCCCCGUCGCCUACUUGCAUGUGUCGGAGGAACUCUGGGACCCUUUGGAGAUAUUGUUUACGUGGAAAUUUUGAGCCAUUCUGAAUCACCUGCAGGACAAGGCGCUGCUCGCAAUGAGCUCCCAAAGCCAUCCAGAUGGACUUUCUGGCCGGGACCAGCCAGUGGAGCUGCUGAACCCUGCCCGCGUGAACCACAUGCCCAGCACGGUGGAUGUGGCCUCGGCUCUGCCUUUGCCGGUGGCCCCCCCGGCGGUGCCCAUGGACCUGCGCCUGGACCACCAGUUCCCACUGCCCGUGGCGGAGCCUGCGCUCCGGGAGCAGCAGCUGCAGCAGGAGCUCCUGGCCCUGAAGCAGAAGCAGCAGCUCCAGAGGCAGAUCCUCAUCGCUGAGUUCCAGAGGCAGCACGAGCAGCUGUCCCGGCAGCACGAGGCCCAGCUCCACGAGCACAUCAAACAACAGCAGGAGCUGCUGGCCAUGAAGCACCAGCAGGAGCUGCUGGAGCAUCAGCGGAAGCUGGAGCGACACCGCCAGGAGCAGGAGCUGGAGAAGCAGCACCGGGAGCAGAAGCUGCAGCAGCUCAAGAACAAGGAGAAAGGAAAAGAGAGUGCGGUGGCGAGCACGGAAGUGAAGAUGAAGCUGCAGGAGUUUGUCCUCAACAAGAAGAAGGCGCUGGCCCACCGGAGCCUGAACCACUGCAUGUCCAGCGACCCUCGCUACUGGUACGGGAAGACGCAGCACAGCUCCCUGGACCAGAGCUCCCCGCCGCAGAGCGGGGUGUCAGCCUCCUGCAACCACCCAGUCCUGGGCCUGUACGACGCCAAGGACGACUUUCCUCUCAGAAAGACAGCUUCUGAGCCAAAUCUGAAAUUACGCUCCAGGCUAAAGCAGAAAGUGGCUGAAAGACGGAGCAGCCCCCUGUUACGCAGGAAAGAUGGGCCGGUGGUUACCGCGCUGAAGAAGCGUCCGCUGGAUGUCACUGACUCCGCGUGCAGCAGUGCCCCGGGCUCCGCCCCCAGCUCGCCCAACAACAGCUCCGGGAACGUCAGCACGGAGAAUGGGAUCGCGCCCGCCGUCCCCAGCAUCCCGACCGAGGCCAGCUUGGCGCACAGACUGGUGACCCGGGAAGGCUCCGUGGGCCCGCUGCCCCUCUACACGUCACCCUCCUUGCCCAACAUCACGCUGGGACUUCCUGCCACCGGCCCAUCUGCUGGGGCGGCAGGCCAGCAGGAAGCCGAGAGGCUGGCCCUCCCAGCCCUCCAGCAGCGCCUCUCUCUGUUUCCCGGCACCCACCUCGCCCCCUACCUGAGCACGGCGCCCCUGGAGCGGGACGCGGGGGCGGCGCACAGCUCCCUCCUGCAGCACAUGGUCCUCCUGGAGCAGCCGCCCGCACAGACGCCCCUCGUCACAGGCCUGGGCGCGCUGCCCCUGCACGCACAGCCCCUGGUGGGGGCGGAGCGCGUGUCCCCAUCUGUGCACAAGCUGCGGCCGCACCGCCCGCUGGGGCGCACCCAGUCGGCGCCCCUGCCCCAGAACGCGCCGGGCCUGCAGCACCUGGUGAUCCAGCAGCAGCACCAGCAAUUCCUGGAGAAGCACAAGCAGCAGUUCCAGCAGCAGCAGCUGCACGUGAGCAAGAUCAUCCCCAAGCCGAGCGAGCCGGCCCGGCAGCCCGAGAGCCACCCUGAGGAGACGGAGGAGGAGCUGCGGGAACACCAGGCCCUCCUGGAGGAGCCCUUCCUGGACCGGCUCUCAGGGCAGAAGGAGGCGCUCGCGCUGGCCGGGGUGCAGGUGAAGCAGGAGCCCCUCGAGAGUGACGACGAGGAGGUGGAGCCCCCCCGGGAGGCGGAGCCGGGCCAGCGGCAGCCCACCGAGCAGGAGCUGCUCUUCAGACAGCAAGCCCUCCUGCUGGAGCAGCAGCGGAUCCACCAGCUGAGGAACUACCAGGCAUCCAUGGAGGCCGCCGGCAUCCCUGUGUCCUUUGGCGGCCACCGGCCUCUGUCCCGGGCACAGUCCUCCCCUGCGUCCGCCACCUUCCCCAUGUCUGUGCAGGAGCCCCCCAGCAAGCCGCGUUUCACCACAGGCCUGGUGUACGACACGCUGAUGCUGAAGCACCAGUGCGCCUGCGGCAACACCAACAGCCACCCAGAGCAUGCCGGGAGGAUCCAGAGCAUCUGGUCCCGGCUGCAGGAGACCGGCCUGCGCGGCAAAUGCGAGUGCAUCCGUGGUCGGAAGGCCACCCUGGAGGAGCUGCAGACAGUGCAUUCGGAGGCGCAUGCCCUGCUCUACGGCACGAACCCCCUCAACAGGCAGAAACUGGACAGUAAGAAACUUCUAGGCUCCCUAACGUCGGUGUUUGUCAGGCUGCCCUGUGGUGGUGUCGGGGUGGACAGUGACACCAUUUGGAACGAGGUGCACUCAUCGGGGGCGGCCCGCCUGGCCGUGGGCUGCGUGGUGGAGCUGGUCUUCAAGGUGGCCACGGGGGAGCUGAAGAACGGCUUUGCUGUGGUCCGCCCCCCCGGCCACCACGCAGAGGAGAACACACCCAUGGGGUUCUGCUACUUCAACUCCGUGGCCAUCGCAGCCAAGCUCCUCCAGCAAAGGCUGAAUGUGACCAAGACCCUCGUCGUGGACUGGGAUGUGCACCACGGGAACGGGACCCAGCAGGCCUUCUACAGCGACCCCAGCGUCCUGUACAUCUCCCUGCACCGCUACGAUGAUGGAAACUUCUUCCCGGGCAGCGGGGCGCCUGACGAGGUGGGCGCAGGCCCGGGCGUGGGCUUCAACGUCAACAUGGCUUUCACCGGCGGCCUUGACCCCCCCAUGGGAGACGCAGAGUAUCUGGCGGCCUUCAGCUCAGGAGGCACCUCCCCGGGCAUCCCGCUUCCUCCGCGUUCCGCUGGCAUCAGAGUCGAGCUGCAGGGAAAUUUUUUACAACAUGGCGUUUGCUUUUGUCAUCAAAUGGUGAUCGACUUUGAUCUGGGCCAGAUUGAAGGGAUUCCUGCGGCCAGAGACGGGGGCUCUGGGCGCAGGUUUCUGCCUGUUGGAGACAGAGCUCCCUCCUGUCCCCGAGGGGCAAGUGUCCCGAGGGCUCCCCGGCCCGAGCGCGGGCCCCGGACACCCCAUGAGGGCUGAAGUGUGCCAGACCUCCCGUCUCUGGUAGAAACGCCGUCCCUGCACGUGGCUCUGGAGCCCCGUGACGUUCCUGGGGACUUCUCUCCCUCUCUGUUUAACUCCGUGUUCUUGUUGUCCUGCUGUGUCUAAGUACAAAGCACACGUGUGCAGGCGUGUGUGCGCGUGGCUGUGACUCCAUCAGUGGACACGCCUGUGGCAGUUUGGCCGUGGACUCUUCUGCGUGCUCUGUGGGGGCCUGCAGAGGUCACGGGACCCUCGCAGCCUCUGCUUCCUCAUCUCGAAACCCAACCCUGGUCCCCAGCCUCAGGGGACACCUGGGUCUGUCACGUGAAGGCCUGGACUCGAGUGUGGCUCCCCGACGUGAGGCCCCUUCCCCGGGCUCUCCGCCCACAGAAGCAGCGGCUCCGACGCAGUCAGCGACCAGAUGGUGGAACUGGUCUGCGCUAAGCGGCGUCCAUCCCCUCAUUAGAAGACCUGCCUGGUCACCACCUGAACCGCUGUUUCUUCCCAUCUCACUGGUUUAAUUGUGUUAUUUCUUCUUCCUCUGGAUCAGAUAUACUGUAAUUUUGACAUCUGCCCUCAUUUUUUAAGGGGGAAGGGCUCCCCCAGACUGACACCACACCUGAAAUCUGCUCGUGAUCACAGGCAAACAUCAGCCUCAGGAAAUCUGGCACUACUGUCACUGGUCGGGGUUGUCACUGCCUGUCCCCGGGAGGCCCUCGGGCUACCAGCACUGUGUCACGUCCCCCCGAGAGCCGGCCCUCUUCAGGGCUUCCUGGGAGAUGACGUGUCCGGGCGCCUGCCGUGGGAGGCGUGGGCAGUCCCCCAGUGAGCCCUGGGGCCGCGGGGCCGGGGCCAGUGGAGGGUCCCAGCACGGCUGAUUCUGGUGUCGGCAAAUAAGGUGGACUUUCUCUAAACUGACUUAAAGUGAUCAAAAUGGGUGGUUCUCUCUUCCUGCAGGCCACUUUUCUUUCGGGCCAGGCCUGUCUCGCGGGGCCCUGGGCCUCUGAUCUUGGGUCCCCGGGCGGCCGCCCCUCACCCUGACUCCCACCCGCCUUUUAGACAAAGCUUUCACUCCGAGUCGCUGCUGACGCUCCGUUUUAAUCUUUUGCCAAGUGCUCUAUGACGAUGCUCUAUCAAAUGAAAGCUGAAACAGCCUCUUUGAAAAGGAAAAUUGUUUCAGGGUCCUUUUUUUCAUUAUUGAUUUUAAUGUAAAGUAGCACUUUGAAGUUUACAGCUUACGGUUCCCUGGGCAUCGAUCGGUGGGGGAAGGAGGGUCAGGACCCAUUUUCCUGCCUCCGGGAACUGCUCCCCCCGCCCGGGACAGCGCACGCCUUCAAGGCAGCACCUUGUGCUCAGACCCACGCCUGCCUCGUUGCAUGUCAGGAGAUCAGGCCGAGAUGAAGACGAGAUAAGAAAACCGCCCCUAAUGAAACCCAGACGCAGCGGCACCUUCUCCUGGGCUCGGAGGCUUGUCGGGGAAGAGGGGGCCUUAACUCAAACCAGCCAGGCCUCUGCUUUGAAGUCGGCUGCGCAGGGCCGAGGCCUUUGGGCCCGGAGAUACUGGUGCACUUUCCUUAACCCCUCGCUCACCUGCCUCCUGGCGACUGAGCGGGUCACCGACAGCGCAGGAGAGGCCGCUGGGACCCUCUGUGCCUUGGGCCCAGUGCGGAGUAAAUGCAGUAUCACAAAGGUGAUGAGAGUUGUCAGGGAGGCCGGGUGCCCUAGGUGGUAACUCUAAUCUCUUCGUGAGUUGAAAUUUGCCUUUAAAUUGAGCAUCUGGGGAGAUGCACUGCAUUUAUGCCAGCUUCAAACACGGCAGGAAGCGUGAGGCUCUUGAU